AUGGAGUCUCCGCCAUUUCACCUGGACAUGGGUGCUGCACGCAGCUCCGUUUGCACGGAACUUACGACAAUGCCUCGUCCCCUUGCUAAAUCACUGCAAGAUAGUAUUGACUCAAACUUAUCCAUUGACGAGGGCUUUCAUUCCGGAGGCGAAGACGAAGACAUGAGGAGGCUCUUUUGCAACGUUCUUCCUGAGGUUUCAACAGCGGCUGUUGACGCCCCAUUCCAUUAUACAUCUUCUCUGCCAUCUAAAGGUGUGCGGGACAAGCUUAUUGGAGGGCUGAACAUCUGGGUGGGCGCCUCACCGAAGGCCCUUGACUCUGUAACAUCGGUUGUGGUUGAUGUACACAACUUGUCGCUCAUGCAGGACGAUGUUGAGGACAAUUCUCCCCUGAGACGUUCACGGCCCUCAACGCACAGCAUAUUUGGAAUAGGCCAGACGGUGAAUUCGUCUACAUAUGGGAUAGUGGAGCGGCUGGCCAGAGGAAUUGCGCAGUCUAUUGAUCGGUCAAAGUUUAGACCUCCUCUGGACUCACCAAAUCUCAACACCUUCGGUGGAGGAGUAUUUACAGAUGGUCGAUGGGACAUGCUACUUGAGCGCCGCGCCACUGGGGCGGCCGGUCUCGGCCAUAAAGAAUUGAUUCUUUCUAUGAUGCAGCAGACCGGAUCCCUACAGUAUGCUGUCGAAAUAUUGAGUGUGCUCUUCAACGAGAUAUUCGAAUUAGUGGAUUUGAUUGACAGGAGGACGGGUAAAGUCAACAAGCCGAUCAGAGACUUGCUAGCAGCUCUGGAAAUCAAGAAGGAUAGUCAGGUCCCACGUUGA